AAGAGAAAUCUGGAUUCCACGUCCUAGCCAGCCAGCAAGCCAGCCGAUCAAGAGAAGAUACAAAAACAUACUGAACGGUCAGGUUAACAAUGUCGACGAGAAGCAGCAGAUGCAUCGUUAGCCUGUUGCUGGUUCUCCUCUGCCAUGGAGCUGCGGCGGCACUAGCCACACGGCCAGCUCCCAACGCAUCGCUUGCGGCUACCACGAACGGCACGUGCCGAUCCCGGGUGGAGCCAUUCGGCUACAGAUGCGAGGAACACACGGUUACGACGGAGGACGGAUAUAUCCUGAGCCUGCAGCGAAUCCCGAGCGGUCGCGCCGGCGAAUCGGAGUUGGGAAGGAGCAGGAAGGUGCCCGUCCUGCUGCAGCACGGCCUCAUGAUGGAUGGGCUGUCAUGGCUGAUGAACUCGCCCAACGAGUCCCUGGGGUUCAUCCUGGCAGACAACGGCUACGAUGUCUGGAUUGCAAACAGCCGCGGCACUGUCUACAGCAGCGGGCACACCACGCUUUCCUCCGCUGAUCCGGCCUACUGGAACUGGUCGUGGGACGAGUUGGCUAGCAACGAUCUCUCGGCGAUGCUGCAAUACGUGUACGACCAGGCAGGCCAGCAGAAGGUGCACUACGUGGGCCAUUCACUGGGGACUUUGAUCGCGUUGGCUGCCCUGAGCGACCAGCAGCCACAUGUGGGGAUGCUGCGGUCCGCCGGCUUGCUCAGCCCAAUCGCAUUCCUCAACAAGGUGUCAUCGCCAUUGGCACUCGCAGCGGCCGACGUCUUCCUGGCCGAGGCUCUGUACUGGCUGGGGAUUGAUGAGUUCGAUCCAACAGGGGAUGCUGUUCACAAACUGGUCACUGACAUAUGCAAGCUUCCAGGAGUAGAUUGCUACGAUCUGAUGUCAGCAUUUACAGGUGACAAUUGUUGCCUUGACAGCUCCUCUGUCCAGAUCUUCCUUUCGCACGAGCCACAAGCAACUUCAACCAAGAACAUGGUUCAUUUGGCCCAAAUGAUCAGAAGGGGCAUGAUCGCCAAGUACGACUACGGCAACGCCAACGACAACACGAAGCACUACGGCCAACCGACGCCGCCUGUCUACAACGUCUCGGCGAUCCCCGACGGCUUCCCGCUGUUCCUCAGCAGCGGCGGCAGGGACAGCCUCUCUGACGUGCAGGACGUUCAACGCCUCGAGCUGCAGGCGCUCAAGUCGCACGACAAAGACAAGCUCACCGUCCAGUACCUCGCCGACUACGCGCACGCCGAUUUCGUUUUCGCUGGGAACGCCAAGGAGAGGGUCUACGCGCCUCUCAUGGCCUUCUUCAGGCUCCAGGAGAAAUGAGAUCGAUGUACGUGGGUUGUUUGUGAUCAACCGUGAUUGAGGUUGUGCGGUUAGUUUACCAUGGGUCAUCUCGUAAUGUAAUUCAUGUGUAGGAAUGGAACUCCAUCUUUUCAUUUAUUUUAUACUACAGAAAUUAUUUUUAAGGAAAACGGUGAAUAACCUAAAGAGCACCAACUGUAUAUCUAAAUUCAAACCAGGCGGAAACACGCAGA